CAUGUCGAAGAUGCCAAAUUUAAUAAUAUUUGAUGCGCUACUGCUAAGCCACAGUGAAUGGGCAGCCUGUGUUUAUUAAGAUUUAAUUAAAGCAACAAUUAUUAAUAAACAUGCAGCUCAAUUGCAUGGAAAAUCAAAUUAGUUGUUUAUUACUGCUGCUGCUGCUGCUGCUGGCAGCUUCAAUGAAUGGGCAGAACAUUAGCAUAUUCGCGGACCCCAGCGCAUCCAACUGCUAUAACCAGCGCAGUGGCUUCAAUCUGUAUUCAAAUAUAUUGUCUACGGACAAUGUCAAUGUAACCGACCCACAUUUGUUAUUGGCACGCUCAGCUGCAUUAACUUUGCAGUCAACAGCGAAUGCAUCCGUUUGGAAAUGCUGCUGCUAUGAAGCAACUAAUCAAAAAGAGUUUGAGUGCCGCUGUGAGGGGGAGGCGCUAAAGCGUGUGCCACAGACAAUAAAAUAUCCCAUACAAAGGCUCACCAUAGCAGCUGCGGGCUUGCCGCGCGUACGCUCCACAGGAUUAAAGGUGUAUGCUGCGACAUUAAUGGACGUCGCCUUUAUCGAUUGUCUGCAGUUGGAGUUUAUAGAGAAUGGCGCAUUUGGGAAUUUAACUGUCCUUCGCACUAUUUACAUAUCAAAUGCGCCUAGAUUGACGUUCAUAACGCAGCAAGUAUUUGAAGAUGUUUCGGAAACUAUUGAAAAUAUACGCAUUAUCAACAGUGGCUUAACUAGCGUACCCGAUUUUAAGUUGCUACCGUCCAAUAUUAUUUUACAAAUGAUUGAUCUCGAUAAUAAUCACAUUUCUCGUAUUGACUCCAAGUCGCUUAACCUGAAGACUGCACAACUAAUUUUAGCAAAUAAUGACAUAGCCUAUAUAGAUGAGCAAGCGUUUGCUGGUUCCAAAAUUGCAAGACUCUCUUUAAAGGACAAUCGCAAUCUGCGCGAGAUACAUCCAAAUGCAUUCCAAGGCAUCUUAGAUAUAGGACAACUCGAUCUCUCAAGCACUUCGUUGGUAACGCUGCCAUCGGUGGGACUGCAAACCAUUGAGGAGCUGCUAAUUAUGCAUACGCAUACCUUGAAAACAAUACCAUCCAUUUAUAAUUUUAAGAACUUGGAGCGCGCACAUCUUACACACUCCUUUCACUGCUGCGCCUUUCGCUUUCCCUCGCGCCACGAUCCGCAACGACAUGCGCUACAAAUGGCGGAAAUGCAAAAAUGGCGUGACCAGUGCAAUGGCAAUGCAAGAAAAACUGCAGAAGAAACGAAUACGCAGCGUGUGCGCUUGAGUCGUGAUGCAGCUGAGCUAGGCGAGUCAACUGAUUUUCCUGGCGAGUUCUCGGCCAUAGCUGAUGAUUAUAUGGGCGAUGCCAACGUAGGCAUAUUUCAUGAGGAGAUUACCAUCAAUCGUGCAGACGAAGAGCUGGCUGAGUACUGCGGCAACUUUACUUUAAGAAAGCCAAUUAUCGAAUGCUUUCCGGUGCCGAAUGAAUUGAAUCCUUGUGAGGAUGUUAUGGGCUAUCAAUGGCUGCGCAUAGCUGUGUGGAUUGUUGUGGGCUUAGCUGUGGUGGGCAAUGUAGCUGUGCUAACUGUUAAUUUAUCAAUUAAAGCCGAAACUCCUACAGUGCCGCGCUUCUUAAUCUGCCAUUUGGCCUUUGCCGACUUGUGUUUGGGCCUCUAUCUGCUUUUUAUAGCCUCAAUCGAUGCACAUUCCAUGGGCGAAUAUUUUAAUUACGCCUUUGACUGGCAGUAUGGCUUGGGUUGCAAGGUUGCUGGCUUUUUAACUGUAUUUGCCACACAUUUGGGCGUUUUCACACUAACUGUCAUUACAAUUGAACGCUGGUUGGCCAUUACACACGCUUUAGAUUUAAAUCAGCGCAUACGAUUACGCGAUUCCUACAAAAUCAUGCUCGCUGGCUGGACCUACUCUAUAAUAAUGUCAUCAAUGCCGCUAUUCGGCAUAAGUAAUUAUUCAUCCACUAGCAUUUGUUUGCCUAUGGAGCGACGUGAUGUUUACGAUUCGCUGUAUUUAAUGUUGAUUUUGGGCUCCAAUUUCCUCGCCUUUUUAAUUAUUGCCAUUUGCUAUACACAAAUAUAUUUCUCACUGGAUCAAACUACACGCAAUGCACGGCAAACAAAUUCCGGAGAAAUGAGCAUUGCCAAGAAAAUGGCGCUAUUGGUAUUUACGAAUUUCACCUGCUGGGCGCCUAUUGCAUUCUUUGGCCUCACUGCUUUGGCUGGCUAUCCACUGAUAAAUGUAUCCGAAUCAAAGAUACUGCUUGUUUUAUUCUUUCCACUAAACGCUUGCGCUGAUCCCUAUUUGUAUGCUAUACUAACUUCACAAUAUCGCGACGAUCUUGUUACGCUUAUGUCCAAGCUGGGUCUCUGUCGUGCAGGCCUCCCAUUGAAGUAUAGAAACAGCAUUUCAAUGCAAGCUACCGCCUCUUCACAUUUGACUGUGCGUGGCUCCAUCGGCCGUCAGAGCUCGCUGGGAUAUAAAGGACAUCAGAUACUCGAGCCAGAGACGCAGAAGAUGCUAAAGAGCCAGGAGGCAUUUGUAUGAAUUCGCAGCAAGACUAUCGAACAGGGCAGCGUUGCCCAUCACUAGCAAGUAGAAACCAACCCCCAUGUACAAAAAAUACCAACUGCAAAAAUACCAGCAACUG